CGGAAGUACAGCCGCUUCCGCCGGGCGCUGCUGGGCGGUCAGACGCGCGGAGAUGACGCAAGCAACACCGGAAGCCGCUCCCCUGUGGGGCUGCGGACUCCGAGCAGCGGCCGUAGGUCCAGGCGCCAUGGCUGCGGAGCGGACCCGGCCGCUGCGAGGCUCUGGCGGCCUGAGCGCGCCUAGUCGGUGUGAACCCGGCGCGAGGUCCCGGGCCCCGGGGCGCUCGCUCAGGUAAAUUUUUCCAUAACCUUAUGGAGAGAAAGGACUUUGAGACAUGGCUUGAUAACAUUUCUGUUACAUUUCUUUCUCUGACGGACUUGCAGAAAAAUGAAACUCUGGAUCACCUGAUUAGUCUGAGUGGGGCAGUCCAGCUCAGGCAUCUCUCCAAUAACCUAGAGACUCUCCUCAAGCGGGACUUCCUCAAACUCCUUCCCCUGGAGCUCAGUUUUUAUUUGUUAAAAUGGCUCGAUCCUCAGACUUUACUCACAUGCUGCCUCGUCUCUAAACAGUGGAAUAAGGUGAUAAGUGCCUGUACAGAGGUGUGGCAGACUGCAUGUAAAAAUUUGGGCUGGCAGAUAGAUGAUUCUGUUCAGGACGCUUUGCACUGGAAGAAGGUUUAUUUGAAGGCUAUUUUGAGAAUGAAGCAACUGGAGGACCAUGAAGCCUUUGAGACCUCAUCAUUAAUUGGACACAGUGCCAGAGUGUAUGCACUUUACUACAAAGAUGGACUUCUCUGUACAGGGUCAGAUGACUUGUCUGCAAAGCUGUGGGAUGUGAGCACAGGGCAGUGCAUUUAUGGCAUCCAGACCCACACUUGUGCAGCGGUGAAGUUUGAUGAGCAGAAGCUUGUGACAGGCUCCUUUGACAACACUGUGGCCUGCUGGGAAUGGAGUUCCGGAGCCAGGACCCAGCACUUCCGGGGGCACACAGGGGCGGUGUUUAGCGUGGACUACAAUGAUGAACUGGAUAUUUUGGUGAGUGGCUCUGCAGACUUCACUGUGAAAGUAUGGGCUUUAUCUGCUGGGACAUGCCUGAACACACUCACCGGGCAUACAGAAUGGGUCACCAAGGUGGUUUUGCAGAAGUGCAAAGUCAAGUCUCUCUUGCAUAGUCCUGGAGACUAUAUCCUCUUAAGUGCAGACAAGUAUGAGAUCAAGAUCUGGCCAAUUGGGAGAGAAAUCAACUGUAAGUGCUUAAAGACAUUGUCUGUCUCUGAGGAUAGAAGUAUCUGCUUGCAGCCAAGACUUCAUUUUGAUGGCAAAUACAUUGUCUGUAGUUCAGCACUGGGUCUCUACCAGUGGGACUUUGCCAGUUAUGAUAUUAUCAGGGUCAUCAAGACUCCUGAAAUAGCAAACUUGGCCUUGCUUGGCUUUGGAGAUAUCUUUGCCCUGCUGUUUGACAACCGUUACCUGUACAUCAUGGACUUGCGGACAGAGAGCCUGAUUAGCCGCUGGCCUCUGCCAGAGUACAGGAAAUCAAAGAGAGGCUCAAGCUUCCUGGCAGGCGAAGCAUCCUGGCUGAAUGGAUUGGAUGGGCACAAUGACACAGGCUUGGUCUUUGCCACCAGCAUGCCUGACCACAGUAUUCACCUGGUGUUGUGGAAGGAGCACGGCUGAUGCCACAAGCCACCACCGCUGAUUGACUUUGGGUGCCAGGGCUGCAGGUUUUGGGUGCAACCUCUAUGGCAGCCAACUGCAUGAACCAAAGUUCUCACCUAAUGGUAUCAUCACGCAGUGAACAAUCAUUUAUCUAUGUUUGCCAGGGGGCCAGGGCUCGGGGCGGGGGAGGGCUUGUUUUCUUGGCAUACAGUGCAGCAUGCUAAUGGGGUACACCAUUGACUUCAUUUGUACUUAGUUAUGUUGGUCAGUAUAAGAGGAUGCAUUUUGGGUUCAUCUUUCUUGAAUGGAAUAUUGGUUUUAAGUAAAGAAAGUUAAAUGAUUCAUUAAUCUGCUAAUUGGUUGCCUAUAAAAUUACAUUCAGUCUGUUAUUAAAGCUUUUUACCAUAGCCUUUUUUUUCUUUUGCAAUUGAAGCAAAGGUGCUAUGAUGUUGUUAUAGCAACUUCUCUCACAUGGGGCUUAGCUUUUAUAAGAGCCAGUGUUACAAAGACCAUCAAGUCCUGUGACAUUCAUACAUUUUCCACUAGAUACCAGUUCUAAAGAGUUUGUCUUCCAGUGCAAAUGUAAUUCUGUAAGUUAUUUGCAACUUAUUCUAAAUCCUAGUUCUUGGCAGAGUCAGAGUUGACCAUGUUUAAGAUGUGAUAGAGUUCUGUAGUUUUUGUUUUCAUGUGGAGGGAGCUGGUCCCCCACAGCCUAGGUGACUACACAGAGGUGUCAUGGUAUAGGAGAAAGAGCACUGAGCUGGAAGAUUGAAGACCGGAUCUGUUACCUGGAACCUUGCAACCCCUCUGUGCCCCAGUUUCCUUGUCUUUACAGCCAGGUGUUAAGCUAAGUGAUUUUAGGAGUCCUUCAGCAUUUACUGAAGUGUGCAAAAGCUGAUACUGCAGUUUUGUAUGAUCCCCAAUUCUUUGUUUCUUUCAGGUUGCAGAUAAUAUUUAAGUGAAAUCGCUGAUAUGGAGUUGUUAUCUAUAAGGAAAUCAAUUAUAUAAAAAGGAUUAAUAAGAAGGAAUGUAGAAAAUAUAACUGAUUCCACUUAGAAAUUUUAAGUAAUUGGUGGAAGAAAUGCUGAUAGGAUGCAUGGUUAUAUAGGGAGGCAGUGUGCUGUAUUAGAAAGAAAGAUACCUGAACCUGACUUAACUUCCUCUGUUGUCUCUAACUUGAUCUGUGGCCUAGGCAGGUUAACUUUCCCUCCCUAGACCCUCAUUUUUUUCAUCAUUAAAGUGAAGGGAUUGUCCUAGAUUAGGGUACAUAAAAUUAAAUGCCUAAGGGAGCCAUGCAGUUAACAUAAAUGAGUAAUUGUGCUGGGUAGGAUAGUGCUGAACUCUGGAAAGUUUAUCUAACAGGGCAGUUACUCAGCUGUUUUAUCAUUAGCAGAAACAAGCCUAAUGUUGACAGGUCUGAUUUUUUCGGGAGGAGCUAGAAAUCCAGAUUUUUAUUCGAAAUCCCCUGAGUUUUAAAAUGUUGACAACUGAUCGAAGAUAAUUUAAAAUAAGGUAGGCCAAACAAACAGUGUCUACAGGCUGCCAGUUAAUGUCCUCCACCCUCUCACUCUAAAGCAAUUCUGUCGUUCACCAGUGGAAAUGUUUUAGCAUACUUCUUACAAACGUUAAGGAGAAAGUGGAGGGAGCACACAAUAGAAAAAAAAUUUCAUGUACUCUUAAAUUGUUUCCUGUUGUUUUACAAGAGUUGAGAAGUGCGGGUAUAUUUAAUUCACAGACCAUCAGGAAAGUAGUUUGAAGAUGAACAUAAGAAUUGGAACCUCAAUAAAGCCUCUCCUGGAAA